CUUGUGCGUCACAUCCGGUGGAAUAUUCUAGCGGAUUCUUCUGUUGGACUUUAAAAGCAGGCGCGCAGAGAAGCAGACUGAGAUGCGUUUUUACAGCAUCAUCUUUAGGUCCUUCCAGCUGCUGUGCUGUGGGCAGACUGACGCAGAGAGAAUCAUGAUUCUGCUGACUCCAUCCUCUGGUUUCUUCCAGCGCACCAAUAAGCUAUUUCUAAGCGAGCAGGCCACGGGUGUCCAGCUCAAGGAGUUUGUACGCAAAAAUGCAGCCAAUGCCAUGUCUAUGGCCAACAUGCUCAUGGGCAUGGCCUCUAUUCUCUGCAGCCUGAACGGCCACCAACAUGCAGCCUGCUGGCUGGUCCUGAUUGGCUACCUGCUGGAUUUGGCAGAUGGGGCAGUUGCCAGGCGACUGGAUGCAUGCUCUCCACUAGGUGCUAAACUGGAUGAUUUUGCAGAUUUCACAACCUUUGGGAUUGCAACAUCAUUGCUCCUGAGGACACAUGCCUUAAUAGACAACAUCCUGUGCAUGUGCUAUGUCCUGUCUGUGUUUGUCCGCCUCUGCUUCUUCUCCAGCGGCAUCCCCUUCAUGUACCGUGGCCUGCCAUGUAUCUACUCUUCCGCCAUCCUGGCCUGUCUCUCCCUGCUGACCGGAGGUAACGUGGUGAUCCUGCGGGUCACUGCUGUGGCCAUGAUCCUCUUCAUGGUCAACCAGGGCUUCUACCCUCACGACAGGGUCCUGGAGUCACAGGCCUGGAAGAAGGUGGUCUACGCUGGAGGAGUUGUCAUGGUGUUCUGUUCCUCUUUCUCUCCGGCAUGUGUGUACUACCUGUUGUGGUCUGUCUCCUACAUUUUGUUCCCAACAUCUCUUUGGAGUUGCAAAGUGUAGUAGGAGUUAAAGGCCUUGCUCCAAACUCACACAUGGCUUGUCAACAGGCCGUCCGGCGGGGUUAACUAAAGCUCCCAGACUGCUGCUGCUAGCUAUCCACAGCGGAUCGAAAAAGGACGUAAGAGGACGUUUUAAUGUUUUUGUAAGAUUUAACUGCCUUUUUCAUCAUGACCACUUGAUGGAUAAUGUAAUGUACCUUAGCCAUUUUGUUUUUGAUUAAUACAGUGUUUGAAUGUCUAGUUAUGUUUUUACAAUACAAUGGCAGAAUUGUACUGUACUGUCUUGUGUGCAUAAUUGUGCUUGAGAUUACUCCAACUAUUAUGAAGUAUUUUUAGUAAUUAAUAGUCAUUUGAGACUUACUGUAAACAUGGUAGAUUCAAACUUAUUGCAUGCUCCCAAUUUGUAAUACAUUUUAAUUCAAAAUAUUUUAUUUUCAUCAUAUUGCAGAUACAAAAGAAGUCCAUUGUAUAAUUAAGCAAUAAGGCCAGAGGAGGUGUGGUAUAUGGCCAAUAUACCAUUGCUAAGAUCUGUUCUUAUGCACGAUGCAACACAGAGUGCCUGGAUACAGCCAUUAGCCAUGGUAUAUUGGCCAUAUACCACAAACCCGCAAGGUGCCUUAUUGCUAUUAUAAACUGGUUACCAAUGUAAUUAGGAGAAUAAAAAGUAAUUUUGUCAUACCCGUGGAAUACUUAAGUGAUAAUGCCCGAGAAGCCGGUGUUUGGAGGAUAUAUUGGCCGGCAAACCAUGCCAAUAUAUCCUCCAAACACCGGCUUCGACGGUAUUAUCAAUUUUAUACAACGGGUUACCAACAUAUUCAAAUAAUGAUUUACAGAUUUUCAUAAAAUAUAUUUUGAUGAAUGUAUUCAUACCAUUUAACCCUUCCACAAGAUAUAGUCCUGACACAAAUCUAGUGUUGCUACCCAAGCCGACUGGUCGUUCGUUCUAAAUGUUUGAUUGGCAUACUGGCUGGCAACGUUCUCAUCCCUUUCUUGCUAGCCAACUACAGCUAACUUACAGUCACGUCAAACAGUGCAGCCAGAAUAACAACAAAGUAGCUUCAUUUUCAUUUGUUUAAGGUGUUUUUUAGUGACAUUUAUUUGGUUACAUACAAAACAAGGAGCUAAUGAUGAACGAUUUCACCUGGCAUAGAAAAUGUGCUCUGAUGAGCUAGCCAACAACACAGCUAACACAAUCACUUCAAACUCGAACUGGAAAGACUGCAAACUAGCUGCACUUUGUUUCGUUUGACCUGUUUUCUAUUGAUAUUUCUUCAUAUAUCCAUAAAGAUUAUGCUAAUUCAUUUUGACUGGCUGAGAAACGCUGCCUGCCUGUCUGUCUCGUCCCGACUCCAGACCACUACACGUUCAUUACUAUGGGACAGCUGGAGAUCGAAUUUGAGUAUUGAAACAAUGUUGCAAAUGUCAGAGACGGACAGCAAGGUUUAUACAAAUCUCCGCUGUUGAAAACUAAAUGAAAUGUGAGAUAAUGUCUAGAUGCUUUUUGUAGUGGAGAUCAAGUUUUUAACUUCCCUGCCUGGGCUGAUGAGACAGUGGAUUGUGCAGUCAGAUGGAACAGAGCAGUCAGUGGUGGAAAAAGUACCCAAUUUUCAUACUUGAGUAAAAGUAAAGAUACCUUUUGUAGAAAAUGACCCAAGUCACCCAGUAAAAUACUAAUUGAGUAAAAGUAUUUGUGUUUAAAUAUACUUGAGUAUCUAAAGUAUAAAUCAUAUCAAAUUGCUCAUACAUUUAUUUUAAUUUUACGGAUAGCCAGGUGCACACUCGAACACUCAGACAUAAUUUACAAACGAAGCAUAUGUGUUUAGUGAGUCUGCCAGAUCAGAGGCAGUAGGGAUGUUCUCUUGAUAAGUGUGUAAAUUUGACCAUUUUCCAGUCCUGCUAAGCAUUCAAAAUAUAAUGAGUACUUUUGAGUGUCAGGGGAAAUGUACUUUUCACUCCAUACAUUUAUUUGAUUUAGAAAUGCAGUAAAGUAAAAGUUUUUCAAUAUCAAUAGUAAAGUACAGAUGCCCCCAAAAAACGACUUAAGUAGUACUUUAAAGUAUUUUUACUUAAGUACUUUACACCACUGGAACAGAGUAAAUAGGCAUUUUAACGUCAGAUUUAGCAGGUGGUAACUUGUGGAAUAGACACCCGCUGGAAUACGGUUUUAACCAAUCAGCGUCCAGGAUUAGAUUAGGAUUAGGAUUAGACCCACCUGUUGUAUAAUAUACUAUGAUAUACAAUGGCUUUCAGCAUUUUGGGCUCAAACCACCCAGUUUGUUAAAUGAUGGUAGACAGACUGGUUAAUAUCUUCUGUUCGAAUUAACUCUACCACAGUGUUUGUACAUAAUACAUUGUGUGUGCAUAUGGGAUUGUUAAAUAUUGUUUUUUAUUUUAACUUCAAAAACAAACUUGGUUUUUGAGCAUCAAACUGCAUUCUUCAAUCUAAAUUUGUAAAAAAAAAAAAAAGAAUAUCCUCCUACCAUUGCGACGAGAGAUUAGUUUCAUUUCAUUGGAGGCAAAAUGUAUUAGUGCUUACGUUCCCACCAGAUAUUUGAAUCACUAGUAUUACAGUACUAUUUUAAAAAGAUGUCAUGGGCUAGCCAUGGUGAAUACAAUAUUGAGCGUUCAUGUAAGAUAACUGGUUCCCGUGUUUAACUCAAAACACAUGAGCAGAUUUUAUUCUAAGUAAGGGUUUGACAUCUUUCAAUUUGAUUUACACGAGUGGUUAGAUUUUAUCUCCUGUGAACGUAGCUUUUUAUUUGGUAUUUGUGCACCUCUGCUUCUGUUUUAGGAGGCUUUGCACUUUCAGUAGUACCAAAAAAAUUGCUUUUUACCCAAGGUAUUUUGAAUGUAUUAUUAUUAAAUUUUUUUCAUAACACUAGUGCCGGCCCGAACUGUGCUGACUUGGAUAAUUUCCAUUCCUGCUGUCCUUUCCAGCACUGUUCCAGUAACUAUGGUUUAUGUGUAACUUGUCCUGCUCAUCUUGGCUUGGUUCGGCUCAGCUCUGUAGUGUGAAAGUUUUGCGGUUACUUUUAAGCCUGAGUCAUGACAAAUGUUAUCUAGAUAUUCCUGUUCUUGAUCCAGUCGGUCGAGCAAGGACUUAUUCCAUUUCCGCAUGACUGGGUGUGUUAUGAAAAUGGUGGUUUGUGCCUCUCUUUAGGAUUUUAGAUGUGUGUGAGUGAUGGAGACAAUGUGACGAGUUUGUUUUGAAAUGUCUUGAGACUGACAACAGCAACUCUACAGUACAACUAUAAAUGUCACCUCCACGUGGUCCAAACUGCUGGUUUGUUAACAUCAUGGUCAAUGACAAGCAAUUUUAUGAACAAAAUCAACAGCGUAGAGGGAGUGAAGUACACUUAAAGGCCAAUUGUACGUAGCGUGAUCAGUGACUUCAACUGUAUGACCACAAUACAUGCCUCAUUACUACAGUUCAAUGCACAAGAGUGAUACUCACCCAAUUAUAAACCAGUAAACGUAUUAUGAAGAUCUGUAUUUUUUAUUCUGUACCUUUGACAAUAAAGUGGUGAUUUAUAAUGA